AUGUCAAAAGCAACAGCCACAAAAACGUGCGAACUCUUCACCCGUGGACGCAAAGCGAACAAGAAAACGACUAACCUCCAGGAUACCACGGAGACUGAAGCUAAGGCUACUGAGGCUACUGAGGAUAACACUGAUGCUAGCAUGGCUAACAUCGGAGAGGUGCUAUCCGAGAUCAAAUCUAUGCGUUCCGACUUCAGGGGAAGGCUCGACUGUAUAGAUCAAAGUCUGGGCAACAUGUCUUCCACCCUCACGGCAUUGGAGAAUGGACUAACACAGACAAAGCAGGAUGUUACGGCAAAUACGACUCGCAUUGCCGAAGCUGAGGCCCGCAUAGCCGCAGCCGAAGCUAAACAAGACGAGGCCGACACAACUCUGCAACUAGCGGGUAAACGCAUUGCUUUUCUUGAGACCAAAAUAGAAGACCUGGAAAAUCGUGGGAGGCGUAAAAACCUCCGUGUGUUUGGAAUCUGCGAAGGGAUAGAAGGGGGAAGGCCAUUAAUCGAUUACAUGACGGACAUGCUACCGAAAUGGCUAGGCCUCACUUCACGUACAUUUGUUUUGGAGCGAGUCCACCGCACACUAGCAACGGCAAGACCGGGCCAGAACAGAGCCGUACUGAUCCGGUUUUUAAGCUUCCAGGACAAAGAAUAUGUAUACAGAGAAGCAAGAAAGCAACAGCUAACCCACGAGGGGCAGAAGAUCACGUUUGCACAGGAUUUUUCAGCUGAAACAGCCCGGAUCAGAAAGAGUUUCCACCCGCUCAUCAAAGACUUCAUUGACAUUAACGCAUUCCGUGGGUUUCAAUACAACCCAUGCAGGCUCAGAAUCCUCCACGGCGGAAAGAUCCACCUCUUCUCUGGCCCAAAAGAAGCAGAGGAUUUCUACAUACAAGUCAACAAGUGA